AUGACUACUCACCUCACUGAGUCACCUAGACCGACAAAUGUUGGUAUCCUAGCCAUGGAAGUCUACUUCCCUAAACGAUGCGUAUCUGAAGCUGAUCUAGAGACCUAUGAUGGAGUCUCUUCGGGAAAGUACACGGUUGGGCUAGGCCAGGAGUUCAUGGCCUAUACUGACGACAGGGAGGAUAUAAAUUCAUUUGCGCUAAGUGCUGUAUCCUCUCUCCUCGAGAAGUAUGACAUCGACCCAAGAACUAUUGGCCGCCUAGAAGUUGGUACUGAAACCCUCGUGGACAAGUCUAAGUCCGUGAAAACAGUACUUAUGGACUUGUUUGCUGCGUCGGACAACUUUGAUAUCGAGGGAAUCGAUUCGAAGAACGCAUGUUACGGAUCUACGGCGGCAGUGUUCAAUGCUGUAAAUUGGAUCGAGUCACGUUCAUGGGAUGGUCGCAACGCAAUUGUGUUUGCUGGUGAUAUUGCGGUAUAUGCUCCUGGAAAUGCCAGAGCUGUAGGAGGGGCGGGUGGGUGCGCUAUACUUAUUGGCCCGAACGCUCCAAUCGUUCUAGAGCCUAUUCAUGGGACGUACAUGGCCAACUGUUAUGACUUCUACAAGCCAAAUUUAUCAUCUGAAUAUCCUUCGGUCGAUGGUCAAGGGUCAAUUAUAGCAUACUUAAAGUCACUCGAUCACUGUUACGAUGUUUUGCGUCAGAAAUCGGUUCGGUUCGGGAACAACGGGGGCAAGCCACUGUCUUUGCAUGAUUUCGAUUAUCACGUUUUGCAUUCUCCAUACGGAAAGAUGGUACAGAAGGGACAUGCGCGAUUGUUAUAUAACGAUUUUUUAUCUGAUCCGAGCAACCCAAUAUAUGACAAAGUCCGCGACUUAGAGACUGCUCAAAGAUCCAAGGAUGAGACUCUUUCAGAUAAGGCCCUCGAGAGAGCAUUCAUCUCCAUCGCCAAGUCGAGCUACGAGGCCAAGGUCGCACCAAGUAUGACUGUUGCCAAGCGCUGUGGAAACUUGUACACGGGGAGCUUGUACACGGGUUUGGCGAGCCUACUCAGCAAUCUUCCAUCAAAUCAGAUGGUCGGCAAACGUGUGCUUAUGUUUGGAUUUGGAGGCGGCUGCGCGGCAUCGAUAUUUACUAUCCGCAUCGUUGAAUCCCCCGCAUACAUUGUCGAGAAGAUGAACCUAAUACAAAGAUUAUCUUCGAUGGAUGUGACCACCGUAGAGGACUAUCUCUUGGCCAUGGACCUACGCGAGCGAAAUCACAAUAAGGCCAACUGGAGGCCAGAAGGCGGAAUCGAUAAUCUGUUUGAGGGUGCAUACUAUUUAGACGUUACUGAUGAUCAGCGAAAGAGGUUCUAUCAUCGUCACUCCACCGCUUGCAACUGA